GUGUCUAUUUGGGUUGAUGUUAUAAGUGUCUGUUUGGGUUGAUGUUAUAAGUGUCUGGUAUGAGUGUUUAGAUCAGUAUGUCUGAAGGAAUAGUCUACGCUGAUGUGAAGUUCAAGAAGCGCCAAAGGACUGAAGGAAAAGAUGGUGCAACAGCAUCCACAGCGAAUGAUGCCACGUACUCUGAAAUCUCAAUUCCCAAAGCCGGACGCAACCAGCCAUCUACCGACACUAAUGCUGGUGACCCUGAUUCUCAGGAGGGGUCAAAGGUCAAACCAGGUGGAUAUGACCCUGUCAAAGUGGUCCUGGUGACUCUCUGUGUUCUUCUGAUGGGUGCUGUCAUUGGACUUGUGUUCCUGUAUAUCAGCAACCUGCCAACCAAAAACACAGAGCUCCAAAUUCUGCAAGCGGCUUACGAUCGAAAUCUUACAUCAGCUUUAAUGAUCAAAAACAGAGAGCUUCAAGAACUGCAAGACAAGAUCAAAGAUCUUCAGGAGAAGGAACGUGCAGUUCGGCAACAAAAUGAAGAAUUGAAAAAGCAGAAAAAUCCACCCUCUUGCCCUACAAACACAGGGAAUAAAGACUGUCCUAAACCUAGAAACUGUGCUGAAAACUGGGAGUAUUAUGGGGGGAAGUGCUAUUACUUCUCCACUGAUGAACUGACCUGGGCUCAGAGUCGGGAUGAGUGUAUCACCAGGGGGGGGCACCUUGUCAUCAUAGGGAGCCGAGAGGAGCAGAAAUUCUUAGAUCAGAAAAUUGGUACAAAAAUGCUUAAUGCUGAAGACAAGUUCUGGAUUGGGCUGACGGACAGUACAAACGAGAAUGAGUGGUUAUGGGUGGACAAUUCAUCUCUAAGCACAAGAUUCUGGUUUGGUAACAAGGAGCCUGAUAACUGGAAAGGAGAAAAAGGAGAAUAUCCCGAGGGUGAAGACUGUGCUAGAAUGGGGGAACCGCGUGGUAAUACUGGGUGGUUGGAUUUCAACUGUAAUAAGACUCAAAGAAGAAUAUGUGAGACAAAAUCGCCCUUGUGAAACAGUAUCUUAAAGAAACUCAACAGUUCCUUAAAUAUGUCUCUGAACAACAGCAAAGUAUUUUUUGCUGGCAUUGAUAAAAAGGAGGAGAAACUGUAUUGUGACUGGUUUACAGGAGAUUACUGCUGAUAUUUACAUCUUUCUUUGUACAUACAUGUUUUAUGCUUUUUAUGCUGUGGUGUGAAACAAACCAAAUCCGCUACUGAGUCUAAUGAAAAACAUGUCAGAUAUAUUCAGUUCAUGCCUCUUCACUUCUCAGUAGGCUACAGGUGUUGGAUCUUAAUUUGCAGAGUAUUGUUGUUGCAAUAGGAUUUGAACUUUAGUCCUUCAAUCAAGUCAAAUGUUGCUUGAUUGGUGGUUAAGCUGUUACCUGGCCAAAUUUAGGCUACAUGGAAAGUGCAAUAUUGUUAAUUAAGUUUGUGGGUUUUCAAUUAAUUUACGUAAAUCAUGAAACAUAUCUGCAUUUUGCGGUGCAGAAAAAUUCUCAGCAACAAAAGAGUGAUAAAAUAAAAUCCUACACCUGUACAUCCUCCUCAGUGUGUUUUGUACAUGUAUAUUUCUACUUAUCAGU